AAGUGUGUGAAUUCAAUUAUUGUGAUUGUUAGUUUUCAAGAUGUUCGCAAGCAGCGCAAAACAAGUGAUCAGCGCAUUAUUGGCGCUACAAAUUAUCGCCAGCGUAGCGGCACAAGCGCCGGUCAUAGUAAAUGGUGGCGACAUUGAGAUUUGGAAUGUUACCACCAAAACGGAAGACUACAUCCAGGAGAAUCGACGUCAAUACAAUGCGACGCUACAAAGCUAUUUGGAUGAAAUAAAUGGCAUAAAAGAAAGUCUUGACGAUCAAUUGUUGGUGUUGGAUAAACAAAAGGCACUGGUGCUCAGCACCAUACAGGAGACCAAUGAAAAGCUCAAUCCCUUGGAAGUGCUCAGUUUGCCGACGAAACAUUGUGUGCAGAAAUAUCGCGCCGAACUGCCGUAUGCCAACAUUGUCAAGGGCUUAAUUGAGAGCUGCAUCAGCAAUGCACGCAGUUAUGCCACAAGCAUUGUCAGCACACCCACCAGUUAUUAUAACACUCUGAACAAUUACUACAACAUUGAUUUAAAAAAUAAUCUGAACGCAUGCGCGAAAUCACAUGCAAAUCCCUCCUUGAAUCAUACACUCUGCGUCACAACAGCGAUCUCCAAGGCCAACACAUACACCAUAAAUAGUCGCAAGAACUUCGCUACGUCCAUCGAAUCGUCGCACUGCAGUUUGAGCAGUCGCAUAGAUAUCGCUGUGAGUUGUACUUACACGCAAUACAAUGCGGUUUUGACGUCGAUCGGCUCGGCUACACGCAUGAUCGACGAGUGCAUUAACGGUUAUCUGGAGAAUACGCAAUGUGUGAAUAACACCACCGUCGUCAAUUAUGGUUGCCCACAUGUGGUCUAUAUGGAGGUGAAAGAUGGCGCUCCCGCCAAUAGAACCGCUAAAAAUCCAUUGGAAGGAAUAGCGAGCAAUCAGACAUGCUUGGAAAUUAAAUUUGUGUAGAAGAGUCAACUGAAAGAGUAUCUAAUACCGUAGUAAUCCUGUGGUGUUAUAAAAGUGAGCUGAAAAUGUGUGUGUUUUCAUCAGUAUUGAAGCUUUAUGAGUUGAUAAACAAGUGCUUUAUUAAAAUUAAAAUAUAAUAAAAUCAUUCUAGUGCAAAAUUAA